AUGUCGGACAAAGAAGAUUCAGUGAAGCCGACACCAAGUCAAACGCAAUCAACGACGAUCACCGACCUCUUCGGUAAUGAUGACGACACGCAUGACGAUGGAGACGUUUUCGCUCAACUCGGAUCGACGGGACAGGGUCAGGACCCGUUCCAACAGAUAGCGGACAGUCUGCCUGACCGGACAGAGCCCACACAGGAAGAGGAACAGCAGUUUGCUGAAGCUACGCAAUCAGCGGCAACAAUAUCUCCUCUGCAAGAUGAACAUCCAUCACCUCCUCCGCCCGAUGAACUCCCUGUUCCACCGACGGACGGGACCCCAGCAUUACCUCAGCCUGAAGAAACUUCAUCGAACCCGGCAAUUGAUGCGCAAGAUUUUAGUGAUCUUUUAGCAGAAUUCGAAGCGGAAAAGGACUUAGAUACCCAAGUGCCUUUGUCCACAGGUGACGAGACCAGAAAGAUCGCUCAAGAAUCUCCAUCAGACCUCAACCCUGUUCAAGCAGGGUCACCAAACGAUAACGGCGCCGAAGAUCUACAGCAUCAGAGUGAUGGACAAAGUGGUAUUCUGCAGGUUCCCAUCGCUGCAUCCGCACUCUUCACCGACGAUCCAACCGACUCCUUCGCCGAUCUCGUUCCACAAGAUUCAGCCAAUGAUGCUGAACCGACAUCCUCCGGUGAUAUGGAAACAACGUCGAGGCCUGCAUCACCUUCUACCGUGCCAAGUCUGUCCAUUGAACAUUCUCAAGCAGAUACUCGACCAACGGGCUUGGGCAUCGAUGCUGCUGGUGAUACCUCUUUCCAGAGUAUGUUCUCUGAUGCUAGCAAUUGGCUAGGCGAUACAACUUUCGACGACUCGAUACAGAUUUUAGAUGACGAUCGAAAGGAAAACGACGAAAGUCAUAGUCAGCAAGCGAAGAAGGAGGAUGAUGGACAUGAGCUAUUAGACUUUGAGAUACCUCAAGGAUGGUAUGAUGAAAGUGGAGAAUGGCACUGGUAUACUGAUGAAGAGAAGGAGCAAGUUAGGCAAACGAUGUUAGGUCAAGGAUCAUGGGGCGAAGAGGCAGAUACUACGGCAGAUAAACAAACUUCUGGGCAAAAUCAAACGCCCAUUGCUCCAUACAGCCCUGCCCUUCAGGCUGGUGCAUCAGAGAAUGCGGCUCGCCGUACCCCUCAGCCAGAAACCCCAUCGAAGCUCACCAGUAACUCUUUCGAUCCAUACGCACCUUCGACAGCGCAACAGUCUGGCGCAUCCACAGCUUAUCCAAUGACCGGCUCUUCACAAUAUACGAGCUCUUCCUCAGGCUAUGAGCCUUAUUCCGGUGUAUCAAGUACAGCUCCGUUCAGCUCUUCUUCAAGCUAUACUCCGUAUAAUCCACAGACCUCGACUCAACCGCCCUACAAUGCAUAUGCUCCAGCUCACCAGCAACAGCCUAAUCCUUAUGCCCCCACGGCUCAAGCGCCUCCCAACCCAUAUGCUCCUGCUGCCAACACGUCGGCUCACCCAUACAACCCUGCCCCCGCUGUACCUGCUAACACCCCUCAAGCUCCAUCAAUUAUCUCAAAGUCUGUUUCGUCCAAGCCACCGGUCCAACGAAUGACUUCAAAUGCUUACGAUCCACCUUUUUUGAAGCCCCAGAAAAGCUUUGUUCGAGCACCAUCUGCGGCAGCAUCGCCUUCAUUCGGUAUACCCCACUCCACACCACCUCAGGCUACCUCGACGCCUCCGCCCCCACCAUUUGGGCCACCCAAACGGACUAAACCCGAGGAAAGACCGCUGAGUCGAGGGCCAGAAUCUGCUGCUCCCCCUAUACCCAACCAACGAGAUGAACACAGCGCGACCUUCCAGCAAAACCACAUGUCUGCAUACGAUGCACCGCCUAGACCUCCGUCUGUCUCCUAUGGUCAACGCUCAGUAGAUUUCAACAAAGAUCACUCACCUAAGGAACCUCUGCAUCGACCUCCUCCCUCAGCCUUUGAUCCUCCUCUACCUGAACCAUCUUUCAGGGCGCCUUCCAGAACGACCAGCGCAGUCUCUCACCAUACUUACGCUUCCCCUCCACCGCCAGCACCACAUCCUCCCAAGUUCGCUCCGCCACCCGAAACCAGUGGAUCUACCUAUGGGCCCCCUAGACCGCUGAGUAGAGGUCCCCCUUCUCGUCAGGCUUCACCCAUGUUUGCCGCUCGACCUCCUUCUCGACCGGAUGUCAACCAGCGUAUGCGUUCAUCACCUUCCAGCACCCUAUCUCUAGGUGUAGAACAGCUGCUUUCUCCUCCAAACGUGCAUGGUCAAAUCGCAGUCCAUCACAGUCGGUCGUCUCUGGAUGAGCAAAGACGAUCCUCGUUUGAAUUCACGGGACAUCAGAAUCAUCACGGCGGUUAUCAACUUCAUCAAGGCCAUUCCCCUGACUCGCCCCCAAGUCAAUCAGAAAGGCCUCUGUCUCCUCCUGUGCUAUCACGUAGAUUCGACGAGGAUGGUGAGGAUGGAGACGUUGUAGAGGACCUGUACUCACCGAUACGAGCUCAAGCUACACCAGGUCUGCAUCAAGAGCAAGAGCGAUACAGAAUGCCCGCUUCACCACAGAUGCCGCGUGCGGACUCACAUGAAAGGGCUUUGCCACCUGCGAGAGCAACAACUUCGGAGGAUCCUUAUGCGCCAUCGUCGCUAGGUCUACAGACUCAAUACUCUCCUGAGAAAGCUCAAUCAUCCACCUCGCCCUAUGCUCCAUACGCCCCUACGCAGCCAUCGCCGGAGAAGAGAGCCCAUGCUUCAGCCUCACAUUAUGCUUCUUAUGAACCCACACCAGGAGUCAUCGAUCUGAAUGACGAUCAUUCGAACCCAUCACAGCAAAAUGGCAACUACUCUAAUGAUCCGUAUGCUCCUUCGGCAUCCGGUAUUUCACCUACAAAGAGCCAAGGUUUUGGACAUGCGUCUCAGCCCUCUCGUGCUUCCACUACGUAUGAGCCCUCCAUCUAUUCACCUCCCACGGCUACCAAGCCCUUGGGCAUAUCUCAGGCUACCAAUCCCUAUGCUCUACCGCCUGCUCGCACAGCUUCUCCAGCAUACAGCGCCGGCUAUGGUAUAUCGCCACCCACUAACAACUACUUCCAGCCUAUGCAUGCUCCAUCACAUUCCACCGACGAGACCUAUAUCCCACAGCAAGUGCUGGAGCAAAAGCCAGUCAGCGAAGAUCCACUUGGUCGUACCACCUUGGCAGCUCGUAAUGCACCUAUAGCUGUGUUCGGGUUUGGUGGCACACUCAUAACUGCUUUCCCGGGAGCAGCAGAGUCAGGUACUUUCCAUAAAGGCCAUUCCAGGAUACCAUCAUACGGCUAUGCCUCAGGUAGAGGUCAAUUGUGGAUCAGAAGUAUUUCCGAGGUGGCUGCUCCUGCCGCGCUGAAGAGUGAUCAGACCUCUUUCCCUGGUCCCUUGGUCUUUGACCCCUCCACUCCUAAGGGUGUCGCAGGUGAUAAGAAAAAACGGGAAGCGGUGCUGGAAUACCUGAAUGCUAGAGCUGAGGAAAUUGGAAAGGGCUUACCGUAUCUCAAAUCUUCAGCCAACAAAGCAAGAAGGGAAGAAGAGGGCAGGUUGGUAUUGAUCAAGGCGCUGAAGGCUCUGGUGAUCGGAGAAGGUAAACUGGCGGGAACUCCGGAAGUCGAAGAGGCAUUGCGCGAAGCUUUGGCAAAUCCAACUCUAUCCGCCAUCUCAACCGCACCUGUUGGUACAGUCUCAGCUGGGAACUUCAGCUCUUCUCUCUAUCCCCCAGUAUCAUCGACAUCUUCCGCUGCUCCUGCAGCUGCUAGUGCGGCACAAUUGACUCGUAUAUCAAGCCUUCUGGCCCAAGGAAACAAACGAGAUGCUGCGCUAUAUGCCGCGGAUCAAGGAUUAUGGUCGCACGCAUUGGUCAUCAGCAGUAAUGUCGAUGUGGAUUUAUGGAGGGAGAUUGUGACUAGAUUCACAGCCUCAGAAGUAGGCGAACGGCCCCAAGGCACAGCAGGGAUCAAGGCUUCCUACUUACUAUCUGGAGGUGUCAACCCUUCAAUCGUGGACGAGCUUGUCAAAGCCGCUACAAUCACUGACGAUCCCUCAAACGAUCAAUGGCGCGAAGUCAUAGGGUCAGUAUUGUUCAAUGCUAAACCGACUGAACUUGCUUGUCUCGACGAAUUGGGUUCCAAAUUCCUUUCGAUGGGAUUGGUAAAUGCCGCUCAUGCUUGCUUCCUCUUAUCCCCCUUAUCUCCAUUCUUUGACCUCACUCCCGUAGCGUAUGAACGAUCAAUCACGCUUACUCAUAAUGUCCGAGACGAAGAGGCGAUCGUCUUUGCGGAGAUAGCAGAAUACGCGAGAAGUCUUGUGCCAACCCCAAAGGGUCAAGAAGCCCACUUUGCAGCGUUGCCGCAAUUAUUACCGUACAAGCUGGCUAGAGCUUGGAGGUUAGCUGAAUUGGGCGAGGCCGAGCUAGCACAAAAAUACUGUACUGCUAUCGAAGCCGGGUCUAAGAUCAACAAGAACCUUCCAUCUUUCCUUUCCCCAGCAUAUGCAGCAAGUUUGGAAGACCUCCUGGAAAGGUUGACAGGACAACCAUCGAUCGAUCCUCCCAAUGCUCUUGGAUCUGGGCGAAAGGCGGCUAAACCAGGAUUUGACAAGCUAGGUUCAUGGAUAGAAGGUCGGCUUACCAAAUUCAUAGCUGGCGAAGAAGGUGAUGGGUCCGCGCCCAAGCCCACUGCUCAAAGUGGUAAAGCCGCUGGGCCAUUCUCGCAGUUCAGUUCGAUCUCCGCAGGUACCAGCGGUGCACCUUCAAGAAGUACCUCGAUCGCAGAUCUCUCCAAUAACGGUAAUGGUUAUCUGGGAGUUACUAGCGUUUCGAGAAGUACUUCGCCCGCUUUGCAGAUGACGCCUCAGUGGGGACAACAGCCCAACAUACCGUCAUAUGGGGGAAGUUCUUCUUCUUCAUCCUACGGUGGUGAUAAGUACACUCAACAUGAUAAUGCGGGUGGAUAUUCACCUUGGACAGGUAAUAACAAUGAUCAAGGUGGAUCGGAAACGCCCCAUGCGUACGGCGAUGAUAGUGAUUUCAUCAACCCGAUGGCUCAGCUCAAUCUCGGUCCUUCCCCAGCCCCCGCGCCACCUUCAUCGAAUUAUCAACCGUCAAAAAAUAAAUCUGCAUAUGAGGAAGAUGACCAAGAUGAUCUAGGAUUCGGUAAUUCUGCUUUAUCAAGAGAUCGAACGCCUAAACCUCCAGCCACGGGUGAAGAGGAUGAUGAUAAGAAAGGGAAAGGGAAAGCACCAGAUGUGAAAGAUAAUAAGCCUGAGCCGAAGAAGAAUGAUCCUCCCCCUGCUAAACCGGAGCACAAGUCAUCAUGGCUAGGAAGGAUCUGGGGCGGAAAGAAGGAAGGUGAACCAAGCGGACCGGUCAAAGCGAACUUAGGCGAAGAGAGUUCUAUGAUCUUUGAUCCUGAAUUGAAACGAUGGGUUGUCAAAGGGGCCAAACCUGAAUCUGCAGGACCAUCUGCACCACCCCCUCCACCGAGGGCUCAAACUACCUCACCAUCCCGAUCCGCUCGACCUGAUAAUGGUGCGAACAGCAGAGCGAUGUCAGCUACUCCUCCACCAGGACAUCGACCACCCGUAUCUGGACCACCUAUCGGUAAGCCGAUGGGUACGGGAUUCGCCGAAGGUCCAGAUGGAAGUAUAAAGAGAAUGAAAUCGUCCUUGAAUGAAAGUCUCACCGCAUCUGAUCUACCUUCUGCACCUCCACUCCCACCGUCAUCUGGCCCUCCAAGCUUCGCUGGCGCAGGUGGUCCACGCAAACCACCCAGUAGUGCUGGAUCGAGUGUACCGCCUUCAAGGACUAAUAGCGGUACAACCCCUUCUAUAGAUGAUUUGCUAAGUAGACCACCUAGUAAAAGACCUGCUUCGGCUGCUGCGAAGAAGGGAGCGAGGAAUAGAUAUGUCGAUGUGUUCCAACAGCCUGAAGGGCAGUAA